AUUGAUCGGGCACUCGUUUACGGGACGGGUGAUAACUGAAAGUGACACCCGCGGUGCGGCGUGAAGUCUUCCCGCCCGGAGCGACAGGUGUGUCCGCAGUCGCUGCAGGUUGCCCAGACUCGGUACUAGUUUGCGGAGUUUCAGGUCAAAGAAGUUAAUGUUAGCUUGCUAGCUUAGCUAACGCAAGCCGCCUCGUAGCAUGCCAGAUAAAACCCAAGAAACAACAACUCGUCCUGGCUAAUGUUAGCUUUGGAUCAUUAGCGGCUGUGUGAUUAUUCAUCUGUUGCCACUCCGGGUGGAAUCAACGCGAGGUGACGGACUGGGUCCUCCUCCUGCGGAGGUUUAAAGGACAUAAAAUGCGACCUGCGUCAACAUAAUUUCCUGUAUAAAGUGAAAAUCGGCAGCUAGCUUGAUCUGAGUUGACCGAUCAUGUCUUAUCAAAGGCGGUUAAUCGUGACUGAUCUCUGUAGGACGGCACAGGAGGAGCCAAGGGAGGGAAAGGGCCAGUUAGAAAACAAAAUCCCUCCCAGAGCAGAAGGCAGCGUUCAGCGCCACACGCCUCCGUAUGCCAUCGCCUACGCCCGCUUGGGCACCCUGACGGCAGCGAAAGAAAGAAGGAAGGAGGGAGGGCGGCACGGCAGAUUGCUCCGGGGUCCCCGACACUCAGCCGAAGAGAGGAAUCGCUGAAAUGAGAUGAGGCUCAGAAAUGGAACUGUGGCCACUGCGAUUAUUUUCUUCACGUCUUUCCUCAGCCUGUCCUGGUACACAGCGUGGCAGAAUGGCAAAGAAAAGCUGAUAGCAUACCAGCGGGAGUUCCAUGCCUUGAAGGAGCGCCUACGUGUGGCAGAGCACAGGACACUGCAGCGCUCCACGGAGCUCAACACCAUACUGGAGCAGUUUAGACGCGCCAUUGCUGAGACGAACAGCAGUAAGGAUGCCCUCACAAACUUCUCAGAUGAGACACAGAAACUACUGAAGGAGCUGACUAAUCAUAAACCACUCCAGGUGCCAGAUAUCUACCACCACCUGCCUCACCUUCUCAACAAUGAGGGCAGUCUGCAUCCCGCCGUGCAGCUUGGUGCGGGCCGCACUGGAGUCACCAUGGUGAUGGGGAUCCCUACAGUGAAGCGGAAAGUGAAAUCUUAUCUGUCAGAGACUCUGCGUUCACUUAUCGACAAACUGUCGCCGGAGGAGAAACUUGACUGCGUCAUUAUCGUCUUCAUAGGGGAGACUGACCUAGACUACGUUCACAGUGUGGUUGUUGGCCUGGAGAAAGAGUUUGCUGUAGAGCUGAACUCAGGCUUACUGGAAGUGAUCUCUCCUCCAGCGUCCUACUACCCAGACCUGACCAACCUCAAAGAGACGUUCGGUGAUUCUAAAGAGAGAGUCAAAUGGCGAACGAAGCAGAAUCUGGACUACUCCUUCCUCAUGAUGUAUGCUGUGAACAAAGGUGUUUAUUACGUCCAGUUGGAGGACGACAUUGUGGCCAAACCGAACUACUUCGCCACCAUGAAGAAUUUCGCCCUGCAGCUCUCGUCAGAGGACUGGAUGAUCCUGGAGUUCUCUCAGCUGGGCUUCAUCGGAAAGAUGUUUCAGGCUCCAGAUUUAAACCUCAUUGUCGAGUUCAUCUUUAUGUUCUACAAGGAGAAACCCAUCGAUUGGCUGCUGGACCAUAUUCUCUGGGUCAAAGUCUGCAAUCCAGAGAAAGAUGCGAAACACUGUGAGCGGCAGAAAUCCAGUCUACGGGUGCGGUUCAGACCCUCCCUGUUUCAACAUGUGGGACUCCAUUCUUCUCUGGCUGGAAAGAUCCAAAAACUCACAGACAAGGAUUUCCUGAAACCACUGCUCCACAAGAUGCAUGUGAACCCCCCAGCUGAAGUUUCCACCUCAAUGAAGGUGUAUCAGGGUCACACGCUGGAGAAGACUUAUCUCGGAGAGGACUUCUUCUGGGCCAUCACUCCCACUACUGGAGACUACAUCCUGUUCAAAUUUGACAGACCUGUUAGCAUAGAGAGGUUCUUGUUCCGCAGCGGGAACCAGGAACACCCCGGGGACAAGAUACAGAACACCACAGUGGAAAUCCUGCCCUUGUCGGAUUCUGGGCUUCAGACCAAAGACAAAUACAAGAGAACAGAGGAUCGGUUUUACAGGAUCGGUCACUUUGAGAAUGGCGUGGCAGAAGGCGCUGUAGAUCCCUCCUUCAAUCCUAUCGUGGCCCUUCGGCUUUCUGUUCUCAAAGACUCAGCCGUGUGGGCCAUUCUCAGUGAAGUCCAUAUAAAGAGGAUAGUGGGUUGACUUUUGCAGGAUGCAGGAAUUAUGACCCCUGUGAGAACAUAGUCUCCAAAACUGCAGAUGUGGGCCCUCGGGUCCUUAGCAGCCAGCUGUGGUGCAAUCGCAGUCUGUUAGAGUUGCUGAACUGAGCUUCUUCUGAGGAAUUCCACUUUCUGUCCCUCCCCCCUCCACCCCAUCUCUCCCUAAUUAACCUUGUUAAGUUGCUUCUCUGACAUCGAUCACUCUUUCUUUCUGUCACUUUCGUGCUCUUAAUUCAUUAGUGUGAAUGUGAAAACUACUGUACGAGGAACAUUGGCGACAGCUGAACAAACGCGUUUCUCAGUUGGCACGCUCUGAGGGACGCCGGUAUUGGAAAAGUCUGAACAAUCAGGUGGACGUACAGAUGAAUGAAGACAAAUCAUCACUUCUGGGGAAAAACCAGUCACAGAGGAAGGCUGCCAAAUCCCGCUCUGUGACUAAAUGCUGCCACCUGCAGGCCAGCUGGGGCGUUGCACUAUCAUCGGGUGCCACAGCGAAGCCUGCGAUGAUGAAUGUUGUUAUCACUAACAGCUAGCUGCUCUCUGUUGACAAAGAUGUUGGAGCUUUAGAUCAACACCAGCCUGAUGCUGAGAACAAAAAA